ACCUGGUGUUUCUUGUUCUCUACGCCAUGCUGCUUGUCUCUGUGCUUGAACCCGCUUCCUUCCAUUGGCUGGAAUGGUUGGUGUGGGCGUGGAUAAUCAGCUUUAUUUGUGAGGAAUUCAACCAGUAUCUGAGAAACCCACUCUUCAAAUGGCUGCAGUUAUUCUUGGUGGUGAAACUGAUAUCAUUUGCCUUCUUCUUUGCGGGCUAUGGACUUCGUAUUGCAGUUUUCUACGACCCUACAGAAGUGACGAAUACCAACUACACCCACGUCUUACUUGGAAUCUCUUACAUUGGCUUUUCUUUUGGUCUUCUAGAGAUUUGUUACUCCAGUGAGUUCUUUGGACCACUCAUGGCCAUGUUUAAAAAUAUGGUGGAGAAACUGCUCAAGUUUAUGGUGAUCAUCUUUGUAAUUUUUUUCUCUUACGCCGUCGCCUCUGAGUCCGUCUUGUAUCCCAGAUCUAAGCUCACUCCCUUGUUGGCCUACUACGUAGCACGCAGAGCAUUUUGGGGAAUGUUCGGGGAAUUUUUUCUGAACGAGCUAGAAAGUCAGGAGGGUGACAUUGAUGAGCCAACGUGCACCAACGACCCCAGCCUGUACGAGGACUACGAACAACUUCGAUGCCCCACAGGGACGGGGAGAUAUUUCGUUCCAGUCCUAUUGGGCAUUUAUUUUCUCACCAUCAAUAUUCUACUGUUUAGCAUCCUCAUCGCUGUUUUUAACUCAGAGAUCAAGCGUAUCGAACAGAAAGCCGAGGGGGUGUGGCGGCGCCACUCACUCAGGAUUACGAUCAAGUAUCACAAGAUGCGAUAUCCUGCUCCCAUAUUCUUACUGUUUGUCCCGUUCCUAUGUAAAAUGUCAAAAAGCAAGGACAGAUUUUCUCCGUUCUUGAAGGAAAUAACCAAAGCAGAAAAGCCCUUGCAACUUCGUUUAUCAAGAAUUCAAGAGGA